CAAAUAUGGCUUUCCUAUAAAUUGUGGAAAAUGUUAUGCAUGAGAAAUUUCCCAAAAUAUUGUUCCCUAUGUUGUCGUUUUGAAAUAAUACAAAAAUAUAUUUUUAAUAUUUGUAAUAUAAUUUGAAGCAGGAAAAUACUUGGAUUUCACUGCUCAAAAGUGAAAAACCCAAAUUUCAUUGAGUUUUACUUGCAAGAUAAACAGAUCUAAAGGAAAAUGACUUACUAAUCCCAAUCUUGGCAAAGCAAAUGUGAAUCACUUUCUCAUCCUGGUCAUGACAAACCCUCCCAAUCUGUUCAAACCUUUAAGUAAACAAGUUGUUAUUUUAUGAGGCCUUUGAGGAAAAAUGUAAAAUUGGUCAACACUAAAGAAGACUAUUCAACAUUUGCCUCAUGCUGAGAUAUCAAAUAUUGUUAUACGGUAACUGUGACAUAUAUUUGCGUAGAGCACACAGAAGAACCUAUGCGGCAGACGAGCAACUAUCAAUCCAACACAUCACAGUGGGGAGCAAUUAUUUGUGCUACAUCAGCGGGGGCUCGUGUUUGAGGCGCACGUCUCGGGCUCGCUGAAGCCUGGCAAUCCCAAGCUGGGCGUGUGAUGGAACUGACACUUCUUUUCUCAACGCAAGGUUGGAGCCUGGCACGCGGGCUGUAAACACAAAGCGGGCGGUCCCUGACCUGCCAUAUUACAAAGCAGACCUUCAUGAAAAUGGAUAUUAAUAAUAAUAAUAGUCAUGUGACCACUGAAUGGAGUUAUGAGGUCUUGUUCCAUGCAGGGUUUUCAUAUGUGCAAUUUGUUAAUAGUGGAGACAGCUAAGUAAAUAAUGUUUUGAAUUAAAGGCUCAGCAGGUAGGGGUAGUUGGAAAUGAAUUAGAUGAAAUAUAGACCUUUUCAUAAUCUUUGGAUAACAAUGGCCAGGGUUUUUCCGGGUGUCAAGUCAAGCAAGUGACUACUGCUAACUUGAACUGAAAACGGUGACAUAAACUUAUUGUGAUUAGGGUUGCGCCGCCAGAUAUUCACCAAGGUUGAGGUUUUUUUUCUCCCUAUUUCCUUAAAAAAAAUCCCUGUGGGUGAGGAGAUUAAAAAGUAUUAUUAUUAUAUAACAGUAUGAGUUUGGGGUUAGACCGUUAAGAGUUUCAGUUACGGCUAGGGUCAUUGUUCGUAACUUCGAGAGGACCUCCCUCAAUAGUGAAACCCCAAAAUUCAAAUGCCCCACAGAUCGUACAAUUGGGAAACCAAAGAAUGUCAACAAGUCAGGCAAAAUGACAAUAUAUCACAGUGAAUCAUGCAAUACUACUGCGCAACUAAAGGAUUACCUCCACAAGUCUGUUUUGCUUUUUUUGUCUGAUGCCACCACAAAAGAGUACCAGUAAUGGAAAACCGGAAAAAUGUGACAUGACUACUAAGAACUAUUUCACAAAAACAAAUGUUGUGCUGAGAUAGGAAAGCAAUACGAGCGUCUCUCCUGGCUGCUCAAAAACAAAAACAAAAAAACAACAAAACAAAAAAAAAGCAUGACUAAAUCAACACUGUGUCGUUAUACACAACCACCGAUGUCACUCAGUACUUCCCUCUAUGGUAUUGCGGCAAGUCGUCAGAUUCAGACCAAUGUACUACGGUUCAGCUCUGUGGUCACAUUGCACAACAACCAGAGAACAUUCGAGCAACUCUUUCAGGUACUUUAAGGUCAUGCCGCAGCACAUAUAAAAAAAAAAAAAAAAAAAAAAAAAAAAAAAAAAAAAAGUUGACUUCACUGAAUGGCCAUUUCUUAAAUGCACACACUGUUUUUUCAAAUGUUUGAGUGGGGUGCCCACUGAGUGUGCAUUUGCGUGCUCCUUUUAGUGUGCGAAAAAAGGCAUCAAUAAUUGUAUUGCAAUCAAAAUCCAAAUGGGAUCUGUACAGGACAAUCUUACAGCACUUCAGCACAGUAAAGUGACAUUUUAUUGCAUUUCAGGCCAACUCACGCCAGUUUUCAGCGACGUAUUUCAGAAAGUACUGUUAUAUAAAAAUCAAAUGCAUAUGUAAGUCACAAAUGCUCUUGAAGUACAAUAAUGCACCUGUUUGACAUGAUUUAGUCUAUCUAUCGAGCUAAUUAUCCAUCAAUCUAUCUUUCUUUCUUUCUAUCUGUAGCAGAGGUGGAGGACUCAAGUCACUUGAUUCAGACUUAAGUCGCUAAUUUUGGGACUGCAGACUGGCCUGGCUAAAACUUCAGAAAGACUGCUGCAGCCAACGCCAGUGACGUCAUACACGCCACAAUCCUGAGAUUACAAUUUCAGUCUUCUGGCUCCAUCAUGCAGGUGUCCAAGGUCAGUUCCCCAUCACUCAGAACGUGACAGCGUUGGAGGGCUCCGCCGCCAACAUGACCUGCCGGGUGGACUUCAACGAUAACACCUCCCUCCAGUGGUCCAACCCUGCCCAGCAGACGCUCUUCUUCGGGGACAAGAAAGCUCUUCGGGACAACCGGAUCGAGCUGGUGCGAGCGUCGUGGCAGGAGCUCACCAUCCGGAUCAGCGACGUCAGCCUGGCCGACGAGGGCCAGUACACGUGCUCGCUCUUCACCAUGCCCGUCAAGACCACCAAGGCCUUCCUCACUGUCUUAGGAGUACCAGAACGGCCCGAGAUCACAGGUUUCACCAGCCCGGCCCUGGAGGGCGAGGUCAUCACCCUGACGUGCACCACGUCGGGCAGCAAGCCGGCCGCCCACAUCCGGUGGUUCCGGAACGACGAGGAGGUCCAAGCCACGGCGGAGGUGAGAGCCUCGGGCAAGUCGUUCACGGUGGCGAGCAGCCUGUACUUCCAGGUGGACCGAGGCGACGACGGCGUGGCCUACACCUGCAUGGUGGAGCACGUGUCUCUGUCCAACCCUUACAUGACCACCGAAGUCCUGGAGGUCCACUAUGCUCCCCAUCUGGAGAUCACACAUUCGCUGAUCAUCCCGCAGGAGGGCCAGUACUUCAAACUGGAGUGCGUAUCCAGUGGAAACCCCAUACCGGAGCCGGUCCUGUGGUCCAAAGACGGCGGCGAGCUUCCCGACGUGGAGCGCAUGAUCGUGGAAGGCCGGGAGCUCACCAUCACCGCGCUGAACAAGACCGACAACGGCACGUACCGCUGCGAGGCCAGCAACCACCUGGGGACCAGCAGCGCAGAGUAUAUUCUCUUUGUAUACGACCCCAACGCCAUCGGACAGCACGGGCCUGACCACGCUCUGAUCGGCGGCGUGGUAGCCGUGGUGGUCUUUAUCACCUUGUGUUUGAUCAUCGUCCUCGGGCGCUACCUGGCCAGACAUAAAGGCACGUAUCUUACACACGAGGCCAAAGGAUCUGAGGACGCCCCCGAUGCCGACACGGCCAUCAUCAACGCCGAAGGGAACCACGUGCACGCGGAGGAGAAGAAGGAGUACUUCAUUUAGGCUGCUUUUUUUUUUUUUUUUUACUUUUUGACAACAGACAUGCAAUUUGAAGCUGCCUCAGUGUUCUCUUUUUUAAAUUCUUUUCAAUUUGAUUUUAACAUCAUUUGCGGGCAAUGACCGUCUCGCCACCUUCUUCUUCACAUGUUCUAGCGAUAUAACGUUAACGCCAGUCAAAGCUGUUAUUUUCGCUCACCCGGUUUGUUAGCAUCCGAGGGGAUUUUUUUUUUUUUUUUUAGGAUUAGGGGUAACCCUAACCCUAAUCCCUUCACAGCGAGAUCCCAAAGUUGACCCCGAAACACAAAAGGUAGAAGCACAAUCUUGAGUAGAUCAAAGCCGCUUCCUCUCGGCUACCUUUUUUUAUUUUAUUUUUUAUUCCCCAGGACGGCAUUUAAAAAGCACAAAUUUGCGAGGGCUCAAAAGCGAGGAAACCCAACACCAACUGGAUUUUGUCUCAGGAUUCGUGGAGGGAUCAGAGAGGAAAGAGUUCGCACCCCCCACCCCAACUCUCCCCAGUCCAAUGUGAAGACCCCCCCCCCCCCCCCCAAAUGGGGUGUACCUCCCCUAAAGUGAGUGGAAGGAACCCGGCGGGGUUGGUGGCUCCUUGUAUCGGGGAGAGAAAAAAAAACUAUGCUCAAUGUGUGCAUAUUGCUGUUAAAUACUUUGCUAUAACGUGAAUAUUGGUGAAGAAUAUUGUUGAUUCUUUGGAUCCCUGGCACAUUUGUAUAUGAUCAUGUCCAAUGAAAAGCAUAUGUCGAUAAAUAUUUAUUAUCGCAGUGUGGUAUGCGCGCUCCCUCUAGUGGUCACGAAAGAAUCAUUGCCUAAGUGCAUUUCAGUUGUAUUUAACGUAUAAGUUCAAUACGUUUGCGUUUAAUUUGAGAACUGUUUGUUUUUAAACAGGUUGUGGUGCAAUAUUAAUUGAACUGGUGUGCAAUAGAUUUUAAGUUACCGGUAAUUAAUCUUUAACUAUGUGUUCAAUAUUUUAAGAUCAGUGUUAAUGUUCAAACUGUGCAUAAUUUCACUAUGAUCAAAUAUACUUGUUAAGAAUAAAACGUCUGUCACGUUUUUUUAUGAACAUACUAUAAGCCUGCUACGCCAAAGUAUUUUAAUGUUGGUCAUGAUGAUGGCAUUUUUUUUUGGGUGGUACUUGGUGUAAAAAGUUUGAGAACCACUGUAUUAUACGUAGCAAUCUAUAAGAACAAAAAAUAAUGUUAUUUUCUAUUGGAUAAUUUGUCAAUAUAUGCUUUUCAUUGGAUAGCAUUAUUUAUGGUGUUCCAUAAGACUUUGUUUUUGUGGGCCAGAAGGUAUGUAAAUAACAUGUAAGUAUUGAAUUUUAGGAAAGAAAACUUAAUAGUUCCAACUUGAUUUUCAUAUUUUCCAACCUGUUGUUGACAGCCAUUCUCUUCUAUAAGAGUACGAGGGGCCACACCGAAAAGAAAAAGAAAAGAAUUAAGUAUAAAGCGGGAAAGUCAUAAGAUGAAAAAUUCAAGGAGUCAUAGUGCUAUAAAAAAUAAAAAAAAAUAAAAAAAAUCAAAAGAAAAAUGUUUACCUUUUUUUUCCUAUUCAGUGGGCUCCUCAUACUCCUUUGUAUCCUUCAAACGGAUUCUAACGGAGGGGGGGAAAAAAAGACAAAAUGUGUGUAUUUAUGACCAUGAUUGACACUUACUAUAUAAUAUGGAUAUUCUAGCUGUUAUUACUAAAGUAGUUGUCUUACAUGAUCCAUAUUUUAUUUUUAUUUUCUUCUUCUGUGACAUCACCCAAAAUGAACAAAAGGAUCACCGUUAUGGCCUUUGAGUUUGCUGCAAAACCGUUGGUGAAGUCAAACAUCAGCUGUCACUGUACACAAAAAAAAGAAGAAAAAAAAAGUACCACCAACGCUCACCUUUCUUCUUCAUGCUAUAAAGAAUUCAUUUUGUAAAAAAAAAAAAAAAAAAAAGGGGGGGAGAGAGGAAAAAGAAAAAAACCUUUCCAAUUCGCUGUAAGUAAUUUGCUUUUUAUUGGGUGGGGUAAAUGUGUGUGUGUGCGCGUGUAAGAGAGAUUUCUUUCCUCAGCUUAAUAUUGAAUAUUCAUUUUUCAACUAUGCCACUGUAAAACAAAAACAAGCAGAAAAAAGGACAAAAGGUGUGGAUUAAAAUCUGAGUUUAAACUGAA